AUGAAUCCAAAUCCAGAUUCUUGCCGUAUAGUACUUCCAUUUUUGCGUUAUCUUCGAGUUGAUUUUGAAUGGAAUCCAAUGAGAUCUAGGGAAUCGUAUGAUCAAUCUGUUAUAUCAAUUGAUUGUCGUUUAAUUAUUCUCGAGCAAUUUCGUGAAUGUGCUCCUGUACUUGAGUAUUUGACGCUAUACUGGUCUGACGUUCGACUUCUUCUUAAAUAUUCUGCUUCACCUUGGCCAUUCGUUCGACAACUAAAUAUUCGUUUAGAAUCAUACACAAACAAUCCAUCUGCAUCUUUGAUCAAACAAUUGCCAACGAACAAAGCUUUUCCUCAACUACAAUAUCUUUCAUUUGGUGGUCGUCGUUUUCCGCUCACACCACCGAAAGUGCUCACGAAUUGGAUCCUAUUAUGCCUCGAUAGUCUCGUAUAUUCUUCAUCAAAAUUCAUCAUCUUACAUGUAAAUAGAUGCUGUGUUACUUAUCGAAGUGUACCUUCAACAUCUCGUGAUAUACUCAUGAUGCUUCUUACGAAACAUGUUCGUUCGAGAAAUCAUCACUAUUCAUCGUCAAAAAUCAUUAUCGAUUCGAAUGAAGAGAUUAUCAUUUGGCUUUGA